CCCAUCAAAGCAUUCUCGGUCUCUCUGUCACGCCAUUCACACAGCCAUCCGUUCAAUCAUCCCAGCAGACAGACAGACAGAGAGGGAGGCAGGCCAGCCAUAGUUGCACCGUGGAUCUUUGCUAUCACAUCCUGGCACGCACCAUCCAUGGCAACCAGGCGACUACGAGACAGCACGAUGCAAUGACGGCUGGCUGGGCUGGGAGGAUAUCCGUGUGCUGGCGCUCGGCUCGGAAAAAGGCACACAAAGAAGCGGCGGUCGAUUUAGCAGCACGCACGUACCUGCCUUGGCCACGAAAAAUUGAAUACCUUGACAGAACGAAUUGUCUCAAAGGGCAAACACCCCACAUAUGAAAUGCAGCAAACGCUUCGCAGACGUAUCUGCCUGUCUCAGCUGGCUAUCAUUACAGCAAACAACAGUCGCUACCCAACAGUCUACCCAACACAACACCUGCACACCAUAUGGCAACAGAUAGCAGGCACGAGUCAAUCAAUCACAACGGAGUCAAUCAGUCAACGCACGUGUCCUUGGCUGGUUAUCGGUGGCGGCUGCAAGACCUAUUGAAUGAAUGUGCUCUUGGACGGCCCCGGGGCAGGGCAUGUAUGUCGGGCGACUAGUCAUAUAUGGGAACGGGCAGACCGAUAGGGAAAAGGAGAGCCCAUCGAACGGGCCCUGAAACAAACCACACCACACCACGCCACACCACACACCACCACACAUACAGGGAGAGACCAUGUGCCCAUCCAGCCCAUCGGUGUAGCUUUCUUCCCAUUAAUUUCGUCUCACUUGGCGCCCGCUUGAUGUAAAAGCGUAUCGGAUUGCGGCCGUUGUCGCCCACAUCCUUGAACGCCUCAGCCACAGUGUCGGCAACGCUGAUGGAUCGGUUCUGCAGAAGGACGUUUCCUGGGUUGAUGUACCCGGCUGGGUAGUGACGCGACGCCUUGACCUCUCUGCACAAGGCUCCCACCUUGGCGUCCGCCGGAACAGUCACCGGCGUAUAAAUGAUCGUGCUGUUGUCGACUUCUUCGAGGGUCACCCACUUGGUGAGCUGCCCCUGUGCACCGCCGGACCUCGUCGAGGCGGCCCUCUGAAUGCUGCGCAGCAUGUCGGGGGGCUGACUCAUGCCACGGUGCCACCGUGCCGCACACGGCAUAGUGCGGACAGAGGGGCGAAGGAAUGCGGCGCCAACGCCAAUCUGCAGGUCGACAGACACGCACAGAACAAACACGAACAAAAAGGUGAGGGCUCCACAGACACAUCCAAUGCGUUCACGCCUUCUCCCUUCCUUGCCCUUCAUCUCCACCCACCAGCGUGUUGCUGCGUCCUGUCGAUGGCGAGUGCGCAGUCAACCAGGGCACCAUAACGGCCAGAAAGGCCAGAGUGACGCAACAAGAGAUCCGGCUUUCCAUGGCGGCCAUAGGUCGGGAGGGCGGGCGAAGAGGGUCAGGAUGCAUCUGGCAGCAUCUGGCGGUCCCCCUGUCACUCAACGCUCCAUGUAAUCGGGUCAGAAUCACACGAGUUGUUCAAUGGACUCG